AUGGCACAGUUAUUAAAUUAUGUAUUUUGUAAAGAAUGUGAUGAAAAUUUUACAUUAUUUAUGGAUGAAACUUUGAAAAAGUGUCAAGUGGAAUGCAAGAAAGCCCAGCCAAAAGAAGUGAUGCUUCCCGCAAAUCUGGCCAAAACUCGUGCGGCCGGUCGGGGAGCCUACGGUGAGUUUCUCAUGCUCAACCCCGGCCCUGUAACAGCGACAUCUAACGCGUCUUCCGUCUCCGCUCUGCGUUAUGCACCUUAUCCGUUACCUCUCAACACCACUCCUACCAUUCCACUGACGGCUAUCGCUGUCGGACCGGCUCCCCUCCAUUAUUCCAUAUAUGACGUAGCGGGUUGCAAAAGAGUAUUCGCCCCUGUAAGACCUCUCGCGGCGACCAGGGCCACUCCGACUCUGGCGUAUUCCGUUAGUGAUUUGGUAGGUUUGCAGGGGCUCGAAAUUCCAACUACGGUUUAUACAAAUAUGCCGCCAGGACUGGGGUUGUAA